AUGAUGUAUAGGGUUUUGAUUUUUUUGUAUUUUAGCAUAAUGUGUUAUAUAUUAAUUGAAGGGUUUAAAAUAAACAAAAAUAAUAUAAUUUUAUAUAAAUAUAAAAAAGUAGAGAGACAUAAAAAAGUAAAUUUAUUUGUUUUAAGAAAAAUAAAACAAACAUACAGAUAUAAAAAAUUUACAAUUAAUUUAAAAUCAGAUGAUAAAUCAUUAAAUAAUAUUAAAGAGAAAAAAAAUAUAAUAAAAGAAAAUAUAUUUAAUUUUUAUAAAAAAAAUAUAUAUUUAUUUUCAAAAAUAUUAUUAUAUAUAAAAAAUGGUACAAAUUUUAUAACAGAAAAGUUUCCAAUUUCAGUAAUUUACCAAAUUUUUAUUUCUAUAUCUUUUUUUUUUUUACAUUUUUAUUUAUUGUCUAAAAAUUUUAUUAUUUUAUUACCUUAUCAAUUAAUACCUAAUUAUUCAAAUAAUCUUAUGAGCUUAGAUUUGAAUAGUGCAUUUUUUAUUUUCUCAUCUUUAUUUUUUUUAAAAAAUUUUAUAUCAAAUUUUCAAAAAUUUAAAACAAGAUUAUUAUCAAACAAAUUUACAAUACCUUUGAAAGAAACCAAGAAAAAAAACAUUUUAACAAUAUCCGUUUUAUUUCUGGCUUCAUAUAUAUUAUCAGGCUACGUUUCGAUAUAUGCUGAGCAGAUAUUGUAUUAUUCGAAAUCUUUUAACUUUCGCAUUUCAGACGCCACCAUAAAAUCUUUGCAAAUACUGAUUGGGCACUUGAUGUGGGUAGGAUGUAGUAUUCAAAUUUUCAGAACAUUUUUAUAUCCUUAUUUCAAAAAUAAUGUAAGCAAUUUAAAUUUUCGAUACAAAGAUAGCUGGUGUUUUAAAGUCAUUUAUGGAUAUGUCUGUUCACAUUACAUUUUCAAUCUAAUAGAUUUAUUAAAUAAUACAAUAAUAAAUUAUUUACAUAACGAUGAUGAAAUAUAUAUAGAAAAUAAUAUAGAUAAUAUUAUUAAUGAAAAAAAAUUUCUUUCUACAUUUAUAUGUAUAAUUAGUCCAUGUUUUAGUGCCCCUUUUUUUGAAGAAUUUAUAUAUAGAUUUUUUGUUCUUAAAAGUUUAUGCUUAUUUAUGAAUAUACAUUAUGCUGUUAUAUUUUCAUCAUUAUUUUUUGCUAUUCAUCAUUUAAAUAUUUUUAAUAUAAUACCUUUAUUUUUUUUAUCUUUUUUUUGGUCUUAUAUAUAUAUUUAUACUGACAAUAUACUUGUUACUAUGCUUAUUCACUCUUUUUGGAAUAUUUAUGUUUUUUUAUCAUCUUUAUAUAACUAA